AUGCCUAAAGUCAAAUCCAGUAAAAGAGGUGGUAAACCACCAGAAGGCUACACCAAGAUCGAGCCGACGAUAUCCAAGCUCGUCCAGAAACUUAAAGACGCCCAAACCCAAACCGAAAAGCACUCGGUAUGGAAAAUCAUCCAGAUCAAUCACCAGAUCUCUCGUUAUGUUUACACAAUGCAUUAUAAUAGAAAACUCAUAGACAAACCACUCUACGAGUGGCUCCUCAAACAGAAGUACGUUGACGCAAACUUGAUUGCCAAGUGGAAGAAACAGGGCUACGAGAAGCUCUGCUGUCUCAAUUGUAUACGAAAAGAAGACAACAACUUUGGCUCAUCGUGCAUUUGUCGGGUGCCGAAGCAGGAUCUUUCAGAUGACAAACCCGUGGAGUGUGUCAAGUGUGGGUGUAAAGGAUGUUCCAGUACAGAUUAA